GCUGCAAUAAAUAAAUAAAAAACCGCGGCUGCUCAAUAUCAAAACCCGGGAGAUUAUUCAUUCUACGUUGGGUUGGUUUGCUGAAUUGAUUUUGUCCAGCUAUUAGGAGAGAUAUCGAAACUCCAAACUUUCUGGGUUUCGAUUUUGUCUCUUGUGUCGGCUUUGGGGGUCCUGAUCGGGUUUCCAAGUCGAUCAAGUGUUAGGGCAAACUCUUUAGGUGUAUUUGCUUGGGGCUUUACUGUUUGCUGGAUUGGUAGCUAAGAGUUUUGUGUUACGGUCUGGUUUUUACUGCUGUUUUUUUUUAGUAGUUUAAUUUGGGGAUUGCAAUGUUACAAAGGGGCUAGGGUUUUGGUUGGUGUGGAAGAGGAAUAUGGAGGAGUCUGAGCUUGAAGAAGGAGAGGCUUGCUCUUACAAUACUCUUAAUGAUUUUGGUGGAACCAUUGACCCUGACAACGAUCUCUCUUACAUUGAUGACAAGCUUCAAAAUAUACUUGGACAUUUCAAGAAAGACUUCGAGGGCGAUUUCUCAGCUGAGAAUCUUGGGGCCAAAUUUGGUGGCUAUGGCUCUUUCUUGCCAACUUACCAACGUUCCCCUCUUUGGUCUCAUCCAAAGACACCGGCAAAGCCUCUGAGCUCUGCGGGGACUAGAUCUCCCAACAUCUUACCAGGCGAGUCCCAGAGUGGUAAUGCAGCUUCUUCUACUGUUCCUAAAAAGGCAAAACCUGGGCUUGUGUCCUCUAGAAUCCCCAAAAAGUCAAUGAAGUCCAAGAAACCCAACUCUAGUUCCAGACAGGAAACUGAAACCAAGAAACCUGGUGUCUUCAGUAAACAAAACUCUCUGAAGCUCCGGAUAAAGAUGGGAUCAGAUAAUUUAUCUACAGAUAAUAAUGCUGCCGCCAUAAAAAGUGGCCUCGGACUGGAUCUGUCGCCUUCUUUGUCAUCAGAUAAUAAUAUUAGUCUUUCAGGUAGUGAGGGGAUGAAUGGGGAACCUCAAGGUUGUUCUCCGUUGGAGUCUCCCACCUGUAUUCUUAAUGCAAUGACUUCCAUUCCCGUGGAUCAUUGUCAGUUGCUAUCUCCUCUCUCUGAUGAUCUGAUUCAAUUCAUCGAAAGGGAAACCCCACAAAACGGAUAUAAGUAUAUGGCGAAAGGUGUGGAAACUCAAAAAGCUGGGGAGAAACAAUCAGUAGAGAAGAAAAGAAAGAUGGUGGAGACAAAUGUCCGCAGUAAGAAGGGUGUGUUAGAUGGAACUGAUACCACCGUGAAGGAGCCGACGGAAACAAACACAUCAUAUCCGGAGAACAACGAAAGAGCCAGUAGUACAUUAUUUGAUGCGUCCAAGGAAAGCUACAAUGGCAGUGUCAAGGGGGAAAUGGUGGGUGACGUGGACAGAAGAACGUGGGAUCUAACUCGUCAUAAAGAUCCAAAGACUAGUUCAGCUGGAAGUGCUCGGGAAGAUAAAAAGACUAAUGAUGAUGCUUCAGGACACUCGAGGAAAGUUGGCAUACACAAAGGAAGUAAAGCUCCUGAUUUAGUCAAAAAGGAAACAAGUACGACAAAGGUGAAAAGUGGUCAUAAGAAGAGGUCUGAUCGUAUAGAACAGGAGCUGCAGUCGUCAUCGAAGUUUAAGGAACAUAGAAGUUCUAAGAUGAAUGGUGAAGCUGAGAAGAAGGAAGUGGCAGCCUUGAAACCAAAAAAUAGUGGCAAAAAAACUGAGGAAACUUACAAAGACUUCUUUGGAGAUAUGAAGGACUCUGAAGAAGAAGAAGAGGAACCAAAUUGUUCGUUGUCGGAGAAGGGACUUCCUGCCUUGGAAGACAUGCCUGAAAAGUCGAGCUUCACAUGGGCAGAAUCUCAAAACGUUGGUCCUGGACCGGUAUUGAGCAAACUUGGUUCGAAUCCUGUGAUCAUACAAGACAAUUGGGUUGCUUGUGACAAGUGUGGAAAGUGGCGGCUUCUUCCUUACGGUGUCUUACCAAAAGACCUUCCUAAGAAAUGGAUGUGCACAAUGCUUAAUUGGCUACCUGAUGCAAACUAUUGCCAUGUACCUGAAGAUGAAACAACGAAAGCUCUGUAUGCGUUGUAUCAGAUUCCUGCACCUGACAGCCAAGCUUCAGUGCAGAGUAACCCCAGUGGUCUUAAACCUCAGGGAGAUGACAACACGAAAAAGAAGAAAAAGGGUUUAAGAAAGAUGGAUAAUGGGAUGGAUAGAGAAGUUUCUCGAACUGCGGAAACUAGCAAGAAGACAGUCCUUACAUCAGCAAGAAAUGGAAACGUGCACAAUUCGCAAGGACUUGGUGACCUGGCCGACGAUAAACAUAAACAGAAAGUGAAAGGAAACCUUUCUGAUGAGCCGAGGAGCUUGAAGGUGAAUAACAAAAGGAAGGCAGAUCAAGGGAGCUCAAUGCUGGCCAAGAAAAUGAAGAUUGAAAGUUUUCUGUUUCCUGAUGAAUCUGAACACUGCAAUGGUGUCCCUGCCGCGUCAGCAGAGAGAAACUCCAAGCCUCGAGUCACCACCUCUAAAGUGCCAAAAGAGGAAGGAGGAGGAGCUUCGGACACGGGAAAUAGCAACAGCACAGUGGGCAGUAAAAAGAGGAAACUGAAAGAAAGCCAUGGCUCUCGGUUGUAUGCUGACGAGGGAAACCAUGAGCGAAAGAAAGCUCGAGUUCUUAAAGAAGAAAAGGAGCCAAGUUUCUCUCAUGGCAAUGUGAAGUCGGAAAAGAGAAACGCAAGUCACUCGAGAAGAGAGCACGGACAUGUUGCGGCCACGUCUAGUUCUUCUAAGAUUUCAGAUUCUCAUAAACCGAGAAACAGCUCACACGAAGCUAAAUGUUCGCCUGUUGAGUCCGUGACGUCGUCACCUAUGAGGAUUUCCAGCUUGGGGAAAAGUGUAUCCGCGAGAAAGAAGAAAGUAGAAUCAUCUUAUGGUGAAGGUGAAGAUGAUGGUGGGAGUGAUAGAUCGCAAACGCGGACAAAGGACAAACAUGGAUCAAACGAAUCUUCUGUGCCUGAUGUUUGGGAUAAUAAAGGAUCUUUGAAAGCCAAAGAGCGUCCUGAACCUUCUCUGGAUGCCAAUUUUGAGAAUGGUGGCGAAGGAAAGCAGCCUAGCGAUCAUCAACGUCAUAGCAAUGAUUCUCUGGCGAAGAAGUCAGGGAAAGGUUUAUCUUCUCGGUGCAAAGACAAGAGCAUUAAUAUGUCUUCUGAUUCACGGGACGGUCCGAGACUAAUCGAUAAGAAGAUACACCUUGAUAGUCCUGACGGUAGAGUAGAUACGGUCGCGAGACCAAACAUUCCAAAGCCUCAUGACGUUGAAAGAAUAUCAGAAAGGAGUAACAAAGCAGAUUUAGCUUCUCCAUCACGUCCACCAUCCUCUAUAAAGGCAACAACCCAAAUAAGGAGAAACGAGCCUUCUCCAAGCCCCUUGAGAAAGGAAGUAAUAUCUGUGCAAGCUGGCCAUAAUAUUUUAAAAGAAGCUAAAGACUUAAAACACACGGCUGAUCGUCUCAAGGACUCUUUGUCAAACCUUGAGUUCAUUGAGCUCUACUUCCAGGCUUGCAUCAAGUUUCUCCAUGGCGCUUUUGUCUUGGAAAUGAGCAGCAACGAGAGUGCUAGUAGACAAGGAGAGACAAUGGCCCAGUCUGUGCAUAUCUAUAUUAGCACAGCGAAUUUAUGCGGAUUUUGUGCGCAAGAGUAUGAGAAGUCUAAAGACACGGGAGCUGCCGCGCUGGCUUACAAGUGCAUGGAAGCCGCGUAUAUGAGAGUGGUCAAUUCCUCUUACAUCAGUGUUAAUAGAUAUCGACAUGAAUUGCAGACUUCUUUGCAAAUGGUUCCUCCAGGUGAGUCUCCUUCGUCUUCUGCCUCGGAUGUUGAUAACGUGAACCAUCCAGCAGGAGGAGCAGAUAAAGCUGGAAACUCAAGGGGGAUCAGCUCUCCUUUAGUUGCUGGGAACCACGUCAUCUCUGCGCAAAACCGCUUUAAUAUAUUGCGUCUACUUCAAUUUGCUCAGAACGUGAACCUGGGAAUGGAUGCCUCGAGGAAAUCACGCGUGGCAUUGGCAGCUUCUGUUGAAAACCUGGAGGAGGCCCAACAACAAGGAGAGGGGAUUAUAUCCAUUAAAAGCGCUCUAGAUUAUAACUUCCAAGACUUGGAGGGGUUGCUACGUUUAGUGAAGCUUGCAAUGAAGGCCAAUAACCGGUGAAAGAAAAGCUAAAACCAAGACUUGCGACUCCACUGACGGUGAAAAGAAUCAUCUGUUUGUUUGCCUUGCGAUUCCACGUGCGUUUUGAGCAUUUGUUUUGGAUCCCAUAAUCAUUUGUACAAAAAAAAAAAUCCAAGAAGAGUUGUCUGAUAUGAGGAGGUUUCUGGUAAACGAAGGAAGGAACUUGACUCUUGACUCUUGACUCUUGACUCCUUCAGAUUCCAACUAAUUAUCCAAGAACCAUGUAUGGAGUACAUAUACAGAGAGCAGCCAAUAGGUAACUUCUGGUACUGGCAUCUCGAAUUCUCAAUCUCAAGACAGAGAAAGCCGUUACCCCCAUUAUCAGAUUGUAAACUGUCCUCGUUCUAAAUAAGCCAUUUAGGGUAUUACAAAGAAAGGAAAGAAUAAGAUUACAAGAGUUCGGAAUAACAGUAGCUUCUCUGUAGUGGUGAUAGGCUCUUUAAGUAGUGUUGUCUUCUUCUUUUUUUUGGUGUAGUAGAUAAAGAAAGUAAAAGUUACACAAAUAGAGUUGCUUUGCCGAAGGAGUUUGUGAGGAUAACCGAUCGGACAUUCGGGUGCAGUUUUGAAACAGACUCCUCUUCUCUCUCUCUCUCUCUCUCUCUCUCUCUCUUUGUAGCUUUGACCAAUAUGUUCGUUUUUAUACGGAAAAUUCUCAACUCACUGACUGGUCUAUGUAUGCCUUCUCUGGUUGGACUGGCCUUGAUGUAUAAACUGUACAUUGUUCAUCAAAGAUGAUAGAAAUCUAAUUU